AUGGCGGAGGCUGCAGCCAAAACUGUGUGGAAGAUCAGCCAGGGGCAUCUGGAAUGUCCGAUCUGUUGCUGUCUUUUCAAGGAUCCCAAGAUACUGGACUGUCUGCACAGCUUCUGCCUGAAGUGUCUGGAAGAGAUGAUGAGCAAACAGAAGCCAGAGGCAGAAAAGAUAACAUGUCCAGUCUGCAGGAGAGAGACGCAAGUUCCUGGUGGAGGAUUGCAGAGUCUUUCUUCAUCUUUCUUUCUUAGUUCUCUUGUCGAUGAGGUCAAACAACAGGAGGCAGUAUUAGGGGAAGCAUCGGCAACUACCGCCACUUGUGACUGUGGAGAAGGCACGGAGGCCACUUGGAGGUGUCUUGAUUGUAGUGAUAACCUCUGCCAGAAAUGCCGGAAAGCUCAUGAGAGGGUCAAGUCCACCAGAGACCACCAAAUCAUUUUAUUGGGAGAUUGGCAGGAAUCAAAGAUGCCUCCAGCAGAGCAUAUCAAACCAAUCACCCGAAUGUGUACGCUCCACAGUGACCGGAAGUUGUGUUUCUUCUGUGAAAAAUGCGACACUGUAAUCUGCCCAAUGUGUGUCGCAUUAGAUCAUCGGUCGGCUCGUAGUGAUAUUGAUGCAAAAGCAGAGGCAGAGAUCACUAAAAUCAGAAACAAAGCAAAGCUUCUCACCAAAAAGGUUGACAAAAUCGGUCAAGAGAGAGACAGUGAGUACAAAAAGGCGCUUACGCACAACCGAGACCAGAUGGAACGCGCAGAUCAGACCAUCGCGGCAGUAAAUGACUUGAUGAGUCAAGCCGAUGAUUUCGAGCUUUUGGAGCUCAAGCCAAAGGUGAUGCACAACUUGGAAUUCCAGAAGGAGCUCAAGUUUGAACCAGCGAAUCAUGGGCCGUCGUUCAUCGGUGUCAGAUGUCAAGACGUUGUGAGUGACGCAGAUCUUGGGGAGGUCUGUGUCAGCGAGAAAUGGCAGUUAAAGGAAGAGUUCGGCAAAGAAGGUACCGCUGACUGGGAAUUUAAAGGCGUCAGGGGUGUUGCAUGUUUCACAAACAGGGACAUUGUAGUAACUGACACAAUUUUGCAGCGGUUAUCAUUGUUUAGCUCAACUGGUCGGUAUAAAACAUCGGUUGCUCAGGGAGAUGCUAGGCAUCAGUUGCAAGCUCCUUAUGGCAUUGCCGUGUCCCAUAAUGAUUUGCUUUUCGUCACGGACAAAAAAAAAGUGAAGGUUUUUGAUACUGAGCUCCAGUUUGUUCGCGAGUUUACACCUUCGGCUGACGAUGCCAAUGGGCGAUCAAAGAGUUUCCUCACUGCUGUUGCUGUUGACAGUCAACGAGUAGCAGUCGCUGACUGGGGGAGAAAGCUCAUCAGUGUCCACAACCUGGACGGAUCGUCAAUUUCAAGCAUCUCAAAUAGCAUGGUUGACUAUUACUCAGCAAUAAGCGAUUGUGGCUGUUUAGUCUUCACAAAUUAUGAGGGCCAAAGUUUGCUGUGCGUCAACUUUAAAGGUAAAGUGAUGUUCAGUGUCAAGACAUUCAUGAAUGGCAAAGCUGCUAAGCAAACUGGUGUCCUGUGCGAUGAUGAUGAGACCAUCUAUGUCGCCGUUCAUUACGGAGGUAGGGGAGGCUUUGAAGUGCAGCGUUAUAAUUCAAAUGGUGCAUUUGUAGCAACGGUAGCUCAAAGGUUGCACAAUCCGUUAGGAAUGGCAUUCACCCCCGCUGGUGACGUAGUUGUCGCUGACCAACACUCCGUUAAGAUCUUUGAGCGGAUGUGA